CGGGGCGCGGCCGGGGCAGGCGGAGCCGGGGCGGAGCCGCAGGUGCCGCGGCCAGGCCCGCCGGCUGAGUGAGGGUCUGUGAGUUCAGCUGGGAGGUGGACUCGGUGGCCAGCCCCGGGGGAGAUGGAUUCCCUCGGUCCGCCGGAGAGCGCGGAGCUGUUGCUGGGGCCCGCGGUCGGCGUGUCCGGAUGCCCCCGGAGGGCAUCCAGCGCCCCCAGCAUGGAGCGCUGGCGGGGCCGCCUGGCGCUGGUCACCGGCGCCUCCUGCGGCAUCGGAGCGGCCGUGGCCCGGGCGCUGGUGCAGCACGGCCUGAAGGUGGUGGGAUGCGCCCGCACCGUGAGCAACAUCGAGAAACUGGCCGCUGAAUGCGAGAGUGCUGGCUACCCAGGGACUCUGGUUCCCUACAAAUGUGACCUGUCCCACGAGGAAGACAUUCUGUCCAUGUUCUCGGCUGUGCGCGCGCAAUACAAAGGUGUGGACAUCUGCAUCAACAAUGCUGGCCUGGCCCGGCCUGAGCCCCUGCUCAGUGGCCACACCAGUGGUUGGAAAGAUAUGCUGAAUGUGAAUGUGUUGGCUGUCAGUAUCUGUACCCGGGAAGCAUAUCAAUCCAUGAAGGAGAGGAGCGUGGAUGAUGGACACAUUAUCAACAUCAACAGCAUGUCGGGUCACCGGGUGAUAGCCCAGUCUGAUGUGCAUUUCUACAGUGCCACCAAGUUUGCCAUUACGGCACUGACCGAGGGACUGCGGCAGGAGCUUCGAGAGGCCAAUACCCACAUCCGAGCCACAUGCAUCUCCCCCGGGGUGGUAGAGACAGGAUUCGCCUUCAAACUUCAUGACAACGAUCCUGGGAAAGCGGCUGAGACCUACGAGCACAUGAAGCACCCCACCACAUGUCCAGAUUGGAGACAUCCAGAUAAUGCCAACGGAACAGGUGACAUAGCAUCUGGUUCAGAGCCGAGCCUGGGGGAUGGACCCCUACUGCCUGGCUCCUAAUUCUUCAUUGUAUGUGUAAAUUUUUGACCCCUGGACUCAAUCUCCUGCUCCCAGGACUAAAAAUAUUAUUUUUGUAAUCUCAAAUUGUUUCAUAUGCAGAUGUGAUUCACAGAUGAAAAUUGGGUGAUGGGUGGUAGGGUGGUUUGGGUCGAUUUUCCUUCUUAAAAUGUUACCCUUCACUCAUUGAUCAUCCUCUUUAUGUCCUUUCCUCCUUGGGAAGGAGGCCAAAAUUGGAAGCAGUACUUACUGAUUCUUUCCUGGGGUCUGGGAGCAGGCCCUCCCCUGUGGCUUCAGGUUUCCUUUCUUUCCCUUUCUUCCUGUUAAUCUUCCAUAUUUCAUGUUCCCUGACCUUGGGCUUUGGAGGGAUUAUUCCACAUUGGGCACAGCAGCAGGGUCCUGUCUCCCAAGAGAAUUUUCACUUCCAGAAUUAAAAGAGAAAAAACCCCAACAAA